UAAGUUGGUCCAGAGGAGCCAGCAUUUCCCCCGACGAAAUAGAAAACAUGGCGUCCUAGAAGUCACGUUUGAAGGAGACCGGUUCUUCCAUGGUGGAUAUUGCAAUAUUAUAUCAAAUUUUAGUUUAUAAUGCAGUCACGGAUUUCUUAAGUGUCUAAAGUAAUGGCUUGGUAAAAUUGUUUUAAUACCGACACAUAUAAUGUUUUACUGUUAGACUAGCCGGUUUAUGGAACCCGAUAUGUGAUAUUAUGUUUAGCAUCCACGGUUAUUAUCGUGUUUGUAGAAUUGCAUAGAUGUAAGCCGUAAGGCUUAUGUAGCUUGUACGAAAACUCGUCACUUUUCGAAGGGUCUGGAAACUGCAUGUCAAAGUUGCAGUUACGGAUUGUAGUGCCAUGAAUUGUGCACGCCGUCUCGCGCGGAUAACCAUUAGGGGAUUUGCACCUUAUGCAACGGUAACUGCCCGGGAGUCAGCAAAAUGCCUUAAUCCUUACGGGAGUGGCGUUCAGACGUUAAGGGCUUUCCACGCGGGCUUCGGGCAUCUUAAGGACCAGUCCGUUUCCAGGGGCGAUGGGCAUCCCAGGCAUGAGGGGUCCCUGGUUACCCAUGACAGCCUGUUUGAGCAGGCAGCUGUGGAGGCCCGGACCAAGGCCAUGUUUAACCGGGUGCUGGAGGUCUUCGUUAGGAAGGACAUUCGGCGCCGGGGCCACGUCGAGUUCAUUUACGCGGCCCUGAGGAAGAUGCCUGAGUUUGGGGUGGAGCGCGACAUCACCGUCUACAACAAGCUCUUGGACGUCUUCCCCAAGGAGGUCUUCGUGCCCCGAAACUUCAUCCAGCGCAUGUUUAACCAUUACCCCCGGCAACAGGAGUGUGCGGUGCAGCUGCUGGAACAGAUGGAGAACUACGGGAUCUUGCCCAACGUGGAGACCAAAGUUCUCUUGGUGCAGAUCUUUGGAGAGAAGAGCCACCCCAUGCGGAAAUACCAGCGGCUGAUGUACUGGUUUCCCAAAUUCAAGCACACGAACCCGUACCCUGUCCCCCAGGAUCUCCCACAGGACCCGCUGGACUUGGCGCGCCUCAGUCUCACCCGCGUAGCGGCGGACCCAGAUGCGUGUGUCACCGUCUAUCAGAUGCCCUCUACAGAUGUAUCUGAGACCAUAGUCGCAGACGUGUCGCUCCCCUACGUUGUCGGAAUUCAGAGUCCGGAGCAGAGAAGCCUGCUAGCCAAACACAAUGCCAGCAGGCCGGUGUUUGUGGAAGGACCCUUCCCUCUGUGGCUGAGGAAGACCUGUGUGUACUACUAUGUGCUGAGAGCUGACCCCGUGCCGCCGGAGGAAAAGGUUCAAGAGCCCGUUGACCCGGAGAGGAGUUUCUUCUAUCCGCUGGAACUCGACUUGGAUUUGGAGCGAGAUCUGGGCGAUGACGACAGCUUUGACGUGGAUGAAGUGGAGGAGGGCCCCAUCUUUGCCAUGUGUAUGGCCAGCCGGGGGGACCAGGCCACCCUCGCCAAGUGGAUCGCCGGCCUGCAGCAGACCAACCCCGUGCUGGGCCGGGCGCCCACCCUCUUCCGGCUGGAGUCUGUCUCCCGGGAGAUUCAACGGGCAGGGGAGUCUGAGCCGGGGGCGGAGCCUGGCCUGGAAGAGGAGCCUCCCCACCGCCAGGCUAUGAAGCAGUGAUCGCUGAUGGGGGCUCUGCGGCGCCACCUACUGUCCCACUGGUUAAGAUAGAUCAUUGCAACAGUUCUCAAUUCUGUCCCUGCCCCCCCGCCCCCGCCAGAACAUUUUCAUUCCAACCCACACUGCUUUCAACCUGCCGCAUUCAAUAUUAGCCUAUUAAGGACCAUAUAAACCUUAUUUAGGCAGGGAUGGAAUGGAAACGGUGGGGGGGGGGGGGCUAGGAACAGGAUCGAGAACCACAGGAUGACUGUAACCGCAGAACAGGUUGUAUUUUUGAAUGUGAGUGUGGAGGAGGUCUUAAUGACAUCCUGUCAGGCGCCGAUUCGCUCGCUCCCGGCACGGACCGACCAUCUGCAAUAGUAGUUCAAUCUACAUUAUUUAUGGAAUUUUCUUUAAGGUAGAAUAUCAGACUGUGUACAAGAAAUAAGUAUUACACAGUAACAGCAGCAAAGUAAUGAUGAAUCGCAACAAUAAUAAUUAUAUGUUCAUAAUUAUGUAUGUGAUAAUAUACAAGUGUACCUUUUAUAAAAUACAGAAAAAAAUGCACAA